GCGGAGGAUCCAAAAGAAUCAUGUGGACAACUUUAUCCUCCCAUAACACAGAAACAGAUAGUGAGGAGGUCUGAAGAUCCAGUAACCCAAUGAUACACAACUGAAUAGGCUAGCAACCCACCAAAUCAGAGGAUUUGAAUCUCUAUUAAAGAAAAUCAAGAGUGUGAAUCUAGCGGCUGAUUCUGGAAUAUGAAGCUCAGUGUGGCAUUGUGUUUUGCUGGGGUCUUUGGGGCUUUGGCAGCAGCAUUUAUCUUCCUUUCUUUUGGAACUGAUUACUGGCUUUUAGGCUCACAAACCUGCGACCCAGAAGAUAAGGAAUCUAAAGACAGUCUGACAAUUACGCUAGCCGUUGAUGUGGUGCACGACCAAAGCAGCAAGAUCGUUUCAUUCCAUUCUGGUUUCUUCUGGAGUUGCUAUUCUGGAAUCCUUCCGGAUGCGUUUCUCAACACGAUGGUGACAAAAUGGUUCUUGGACAAGUCUUUCAUAAAAGCCUGCUACCCUGGCUACCUGUUCCCUUUCCCAGAGCCAGGUCCUACCAACAGUACAACAAAAGACAAUACAGCUAUCAUCUAUGGAGGCUUCUGGAGGAUCUUCAUGCUCAUUAGUGUGGCAGCGGUAACUUUCGGAGGGUUCCUCAUCAUCUGUGCGGCUCCGUUUGCGAGCCACUGUUUGUACAAAGCAGGAGGCGGCCUCUUCCUGACAUCUGGUUUUUUCAUGCUGUGUGCCGUGGUGAUGCAUGUGGUGUGGCUUCAGGUCCUGAAUGUGGUCCAAACCUUCAUCAACGAACAGCGAGCUUCCCAGUGUCCAAACUUCACACUGAACCUCAGCUACGGUCUGUCCUUCGUGUUUGCCCCCAUUGGGAUCUUCUUCUCCCUCUUGGCAGGCCUUCUGUUCCUGCUCAUCGGUCGAACUGUAAAGAUUCAACACUGAUUGAAAUGUUUUCGCUUUUCACGCCCGUCUGAUACCGUGUCAUCGGGACUCUGUGGAUUCGUUCUCUCCUCUGUGGUUUUAAUGAUCUGACAAGCUUGAACAUUUUGGAGUGAGACACUUGCUUUGUUUUCUUGUGCAGUUUUGAUAAAUGGUAGCCUGAGAAACAGUGCGAUGAAAACAUAUUUAUACCCCUUUUACUUUUUCCAGUUUUGUCACUUUGAAGUCUAAAAUUUAAGUCAAUUUCUAUUGUUUUUAGAUUGAUCAACACAUAGCAGUACAUAAUUGUGAAGAGGGAGAAAAAGAAUAACACUUUUCCAGCAUUGCACUCACCCCCAUUUACUCUGUUGCCAAUUAGUAAAGGCCAGUUGAGGCAGCUGUCUUGGAAAGUCACUCGAUUAGAAAAUAUAGCCAAUGUUUGAGUAACUUGAGCUCAGCCAAAAUCCAGCUGUUCUGCGAAGGUCUCAGAGGUUUCUCAGAGAACAAUGAACUUUGUUACGAUAAAAAAGAGAAACAUUUGGUCUUAGGAGGUGUAAAGCUUGCAGAGACAUACUCCAAAAAAUGAACUUCAUUAAACCCCCAAAAAAUUAGAUUCUGGUGUAAAUUUCAUUGUCCAAGUUUCUUUAAAUAGUCAGAAGGUUUUUAUCUGUGGGGAGGAAUAUUCUUGUUCAGCGACUUUUAAUUGCAACAAAAGGGAAUUUUACAAAGUAUUGAUUUCCAGAGGGUGAAUAUAAAAGCAUGACAUUAUUCCAGGAUUUUUAUUUUAGGAAAUGUUGAAAAUCUUGUAACAUUAUGAUCAUCACUGUUAUCUAAUGCAUUUUGCUGGUCGAUCAUAUAAAAUCCCAACAUUUUUGUCAGAUUUGUGCAUUAGGGGUUGUAAAUACAUUUUCUCAAGGUUCUGUAGUUUUUAGGUCACUUUGUAAAAUUUGUGUUUUUUAUUUUAUUUUGUUGAACAAUGCUUAUUUUUAUUUUUUAUUUUUUUGCAUUAGCACAAGACGUUGAAGGAGUACAUUUCUAUACAAAUUCUAAUUUUUCCGCACCAUGAGUCCAAACCGGGUACAGGAUUGUCCCUGCGGUACAUUUUUCAACUGUACAUUCACAAUAGUGGAAGCAGCAAUAUCUAUAUUAGUUUUAGUUAAAGAAUGAAUUUGUGUGAUUUCUCCGCAGCAGAGUGGCUUAUGCAUGAUGCUAAGUAUUAGGCUGCAGCUGGAGGUAUAAAGGCUUCAGUUUUGUUGGUGCAAUGUUGGAGCUUUAUACACAGACCUAUCAGUAGACUUUUUAAAUAGGAUUAUUGCUGUUUUAGUCAACGUUUUUGCAAUAAGAAUGCUUUCAUGUUAUGCAAUAUAGCAAAGUAUUUUCAGCCUAUCACACUCACCGUUUCAUCCUUUUCUAAGAGAUAUCAGAUUGAUAAUGAAGAUAAAAUUGUAGAAUAUCCUGGUGACUUCAUUCUGAUGUGAUGAUGUUACUUACUGAUCAAGUCGGUUCACGUCUGAAGCAACAGUUUUAUGUUGGUGGCUUUACACUAUUUGCUGUAAAUGAUUUUAUCACAACUGCAAAAAAAUAUUAAACUGUUUGUGCUCUUUGACUGUGAA